AUGGCAACCAGCAUUUUCUUCUUGAUUGUUGGUUUGUCUGGUCAACUGCCCAAGGUCCAGUCUGGCUUUGGAGAUCCUGGACUCGCUCACCAAUUGGUGAACAAACAGUGCGGAAAACCAUGUGAUUGCAAGGGUGGGACCGUUUCUAGUCCUCCUACAUCAUACAUAUCUGUUGUAGAUUGUGACACCCAUUCAGCUUAUUUGUCCUCAUCAUCUCCCGCUUAUAGUUGUGUUGAAAAACCUAAGUUCAUAGCCAGCAGUGGUGGUAGCCUUAAGCCAUGUCCUUGCAGCACGUUUGCUGAAUCUAUGCAUAGCACUUGUUAUUCUUCAUACCAAUUGUGCACUUCUGGAAACCAAACAUACUUCACAGCCACCCUGAUUAAAAAUUAUGCAGGGACUUUUGGAGGGGAUCUUGCAGGUCCCCCUUCUGCUGUUGGGCUUGCCUCAAAUAAGUAUGCCCAAGCCUCUUGUACAGGUUCAGUAGGUCAACCUGUUUGUUGGCCCACCACUCCCCUCGUUCACAUAUCUGAUGGAAGAGGCCCUCAAGACCAAACUAGAAUUCUAAAAGUGGAAACAAAAAUUCAAGAAAUGCAUGACAUUUUGUUUCCUCAACUUACCUAUCACCCCCUGGCCCUGCCCAAGAACAGGGGUGAUUUAGGGCUUGAUCCUCAGACCUCCAACCUUCUUUAUGCAACUCGUAAGUCGCUUAAUGCCACCAAUCCUGAUCUUGCUCAAAAUUGUUGGCUCUGUCUGAUAGUAGGACAGCCUGUCCCUGUUGCUUUUCCCGCUUUGUCUUUUAAUUAUUGUGAUGGUCAUCAGUGUUCAUUAACUUUCCCUUUGCAGGUACAACCUUUACAGUUUUAUAAUGCUACUUGUUUCAUUUCCCCCUCAGUUAAUAAUAGUUUUGAGGUCGAUGUUGGGUUUGCUACAUUUGCAAAUUGUCAGUCGUUUAUCAACAUUUCUACUUCCUUGUGUUCCCAUAACAGUUCAGUCUCUGUCUGCGGUAGCAAUGAAGCUUAUACCCAAUUACCCACUAACUGGACAGGGUUAUGUGUUUUGGCUCUCCUUCUGCCUGAUGUAGAUGUUAUAUCUGGGAGCGAACCUGUCCCUGUCCCUACUUUUGAGCAUAUAGCUGGAAGAUCUAAAAGGGCUGUACAGUUUAUUCCUUUACUUGCUGGUUUGGGAAUUUCUGCAGCAGUUGCUACUGGAACUGCCGGUCUCACCCAUUCUCUAUCUCAAUAUACAAAAUUGUCUACCCAGCUGAUUUUGGAUGUACAAGCCCUUUCCCAAACUAUACAGGACCUCCAAGACCAAUUAGAUUCCCUGGCAGAAGUAGUCUUACAAAACAGAAGAGGUCUCGAUUUACUAACUGCAGAACAAGGAGGUGUUUGUUUAGCCCUACAGGAAAGAUGCUGCUUCUAUGCCAACAAAUCCGGGAUAGUUCGAGACCGUAUCAAACAACUGCAAGACGACUUAGAAAAGAGAAGAAAACAACUGGCAGAAAACCCCCUUUGGACUGGGCUUAAUGGAUUCCUGCCUUAUCUCUUACCCUUUUUAGGGCCGCUUGUGGGCUUGCUUCUCUUGCUUUCUUUGGGGCCCUUUUUACUUAAUAAAGUCACAGCCUUUGUUAAACAACAAAUUGAGGCUAUUCAGGCAAGGCCUAUACAGGUACAUUAUCAACGCCUUGAGAUGCAAGAACAAAGUGGUGCCUAUAUACCACCACAUUCACCUUAA